CCCGUCGGGGUGCCCAGCCAUGGCCAGGCCACCCGCCCCAGGCUCGAUUGUUGUCACAAACUGGCAUGAGAGCGCCGAGGGCAAGGAAUACCUGGGGUGCAUCCUGCGCAAGAACCGUCGGAGGGUGUUUGGUGAGUCCCCCCUUCCCCUAGCCUGUCGCCUGUCACUCCUGUGUCACCUGUUGCUCCCUUCAGGGAGCAGAGAACUGACCCUACCCUUCCCAGGCAUCCAGACCACCGUGGUGUUUUGGCCAGCUAAGCUGCAGGCUAGCGACCGUGUCAUCAUGUUCCGCUUUGAGUUCUGGGACUGCGGGGAGUCUGCGCUCAAAAAGUUUGAUCACAUGCUGCCGGCUUGCCAGGAGAAGGCAGAUGCUUUCCUCUUCCUCUUCUCCUUCACCGACCGUGCCUCCUUUGAAGACAUUCCUGGACAGCUGGCCCGCGUAGCAGGUGAGGCCCCUGGUGCCGUCAGGAUGGUAAUUGGCUCCAAGUAUCCUUUGGUUGGCCCCUGGGACUGUCAGAGGCCACACUUGGCAAG